AAAGAAAAAUCGACUACUACUUCUUCUUACCAAGUAUAUCAGCUUGAUUAGAACAACCAAAACAAGCAGCAAAAAAAAAAAAGUCAAAAACCAACUGUCUUAUUGCAUAGCUGACACAUCCUAUAUUUCACAGAUAAACAAUUCAAGAACCCACACCCCUUUACAUACACCUUCUCCUGCAACUCAUUACCCAAAAAAAAAAAAAAAACCCAUUUUUCUUGUUUCAUUUCUGAAAUUAUUUGGCUUAUUAUUGAUUCAUGACGGUGUCUCCUCAAAUUUUCCCGCCAAGAAAGCGCCGGCCACCAGCCGGGGCGUUUCUUGCUCCUAACUUGUCCGACCUUAAACUCGUCCAAUCUCUCCUUAUUCUAUCCCAAGAAAUCUCUUCUUUCAAGCCUAUACCAUUCCUUCUAAAACGCAAUUCUCUUUCCAUUAUACGCAAAGCAAAGCUCCUCGCCAUCCUAUUCGAUGAGCUUCUUCGAAACCCAAUUCCUUUUCUGUCUCCAACUCUCCUCUGCUUUGAAGAAAUGUACAUUGUUUUACAAAGAGUCAAGACUCUGAUUGAGGACUGCUCAAAUGGAAGCAGGAUGUGGCUUCUAAUCCAAACCGAAUCUAUGGCUAGCAGUUUUUACGAGGUAACCCUUGAAUUAUCAACACUUUUGGAUAUUUUCCCAGCCGAAGAGAUUGAUUUGAGCCAAGAUAUUCAAGAACUCGUCAUUUUGAUCAGAAGACAAUGCUCCCAAGCAAAAACAUUCUUGGAUCCGAAUGAUUAUAAUCUAAGGCAUCAGGUGUUAACCAUGCUUGAUCUAAUCAGGAAACAGAUCGUGCCUGAUCAUUCCAAGCUCGCUGAGAUAUUUGAUAAAUUAGGCUUACGCAAUUCUUCUACCUGCAAAGAGGAGAUCGAGAGUCUCGAAGACGAAGUACAAAAUCAGAUAGACGAGAAAUCCAAAUCUGAGGUGGUUGCUCUGAUAGGACUCGUACGCUACGCGAAAUGUGUCCUCUAUGGAGCAUCAACGCCCACAUGCGAUCGCCGGCAGCGAAAGGUGGUGCCAGAGGCCAAUAUUCCAUCGGCCUUCCGAUGUCCGAUUAGCCUGGAUUUGAUGCGGGACCCUGUCGUAGUGGCCACGGGCCAGACAUACGAUCGAGAGUCCAUCAAUCAAUGGAUUGAAUCUGGACACGACACGUGUCCAAUGACAGUACAGAGGCUGGCUCACACCAACCUGAUCCCUAACCUUGCUUUGAAGAAUCUAAUUGGCAUGUGGUGUCGGGAACAGAAAAUUCCUUUCGAGACAGCGGGCAACAACAAAAACGUUAACGCCGUUAUAAGAAACAAGGCAGCGAUUGAGGCCACAAAGAUGACGGUGUCUUUUUUGGUCAACAAGCUUUCUCUUUCACAGUCAUUCGAAACAGCUAACGGCGUCGUAUAUGAACUUCGUGCGCUGGCAAAAACAAACUCGGAUAGCAGAACCUGUAUGGCCGAAGCUGGAGCCAUACCUCUGCUCUUACGUUACCUAGGCUCGGACGUAGGUUCGGAGAUGCCGAAUCUACAAGUCAAUGCCAUAACAACAAUUCUCAACCUCUCCAUUCUGGAAGCAAACAAAACAAAGAUAAUGGAAACUGACGGAGCUUUAAACGGCGUUAUUGAGGUGCUGUGGUCGGGUGCCACGUGGGAGGCAAAGGCAAAUGCGGCAGCUACAAUAUUCAGCUUAUCAGGUGUGCACUCAUUUCGGAAGCGACUGGGGAGGAAAGCGCGUGUGAUAAAGGGAUUGAUGGAUUUAGCUAGGAGUGGGAACACUUGUUCGAAAAAGGACGCGUUGAUGGCGAUCUUAAAUUUGGCGGGAGAUAGAGAAACGGUUGGGAGGUUAGUGGAGGCAGGGGUGGUUGAGAUGGUGAAGGAAGCUGUGAAUGUGCUGCCGAAGGAGGCAAUAACUAUACUUGAAGUGGUGGUGAAGAAAGGUGGAAUAGUAGCGAUAGCUGCUGCAUAUAAUGUAGUAAGGAAAUUAGGGACGUUGUUAAGACAAGGAUCGGAAGCGACUAGAGAGAGUGCAGCGGCAAGUCUUGUUACGAUUUGUCGAACAGGGGGGUCAGAAAUGGUGGCGGAACUAGCUUCAAUAUCUGGGAUUGAGAGAAUUAUAUGGGAAUUGAUGGGAUCAGGUACAAUGAGAUCGAGAAGAAAAGCGGCUACUCUAUUGAGGAUUCUCCGAAGAUGGGCGGCUGGGUUGGAUGUUGAAUUUGUGGAUUUGCAUACUACUACUGCUAAUGUAACAAUAAGUAGUUCAUCAAGAGCUGCAUUGGCAAGCUAACAUUUGUUUGCAGAUCUUUUUCAACUUGUAAAGAUAAUAUUAUGCAUUGUUCAGAAAUCAAAAUGGGAACCUGCUCAAAAAAAAAAAAAAGAA